UCUCGAAAUGGCCGGAUAGCUCCUCUCCUGCAAAGCUUUUCGUCUCUGUCCCCCUUCCCAACUACUCCUCCACCUCGAUCGAGAGAAGCUCGGAUCCCCGGAGGAGAAGAGAGGAGCCCACGAGCUCUCGGUUGCGCCUCGGAGAUGGGAAGCUUGCGAGGCGGAAGCGGCGGAGAAGGGCGGAACGAGGACGGAGGGAAAGUCGGGCUACCGGCGUUGGAGGUGGCGCUCGCGUUCCCGCAGGCCACGCCGGCGUCCCUGUUCCCGCCCGCCGUGUCGGACUACUACCAGCUAGAUGAUUUGCUGACCAAUGAAGAGAAGGCGCUUAGGAAGAAAGUCCGUGCUAUUUCAGAGAAAGAAAUCGCACCCAUUAUGACCGAAUACUGGGAGAAGGCAGAAUUCCCAUUUCAUGCCAUUCCGAAACUUGCAACUCUUGGCUUAGCUGGAAGUACAACGAAGGGAUAUGGUUGCCCAGGGCUCUCGCUUACAGCGAGUGCCGUUUCUAUAGCAGAAGUUGCACGGGUUGAUGCAAGCUGCUCCACAUUUAUUCUAGUGCACUCCUCUUUGGCAAUGUCCACAAUUGCUCUUUGUGGAUCAGAGGCUCAAAAGCAGAAGUACUUACCAUCGUUAGCUCAGUUUAAAACUGUUGGUUGCUGGGCUUUAACAGAGCCAGAUUAUGGAAGUGAUGCAAGCUCCUUGAAAACUUCAGCAACCAAGGUACCUGGCGGUUGGCAAUUAGAUGGCCAAAAGCGCUGGAUAGGUAACAGCACGUUUGCAGAUGUGCUUGUAAUUUUAGCUAGGAAUGCAGACACAAAGCAACUAAAUGGAUUCAUUGUGAAGAAGGGGGCGCCUGGUUUGAGAGCCACAAAAAUUCAAAACAAAAUUGGACUUAGAAUGGUUCAGAAUGGCGAUAUCCUUCUGAAUAAAGUAUUUGUCCCAGAAGAAGACAGAUUAACAGGCAUCAAUUCAUUUCAGGAUAUAAGCAAGGUCCUAGCAAUGUCACGUAUUAUGGUGGCUUGGCAGCCAAUUGGCAUAUCGAUGGGCGUCUACGACAUGUGCCAUCGGUAUUUGAAAGAAAGGAAGCAGUUUGGAGCUCCCCUGGCAGCCUUUCAGCUCAACCAAGAAAAGCUUGUUCGGAUGCUUGGUAACAUCCAGGCCAUGCUUCUUGUCGGCUGGCGCUUGUGCAAGCUCUAUGAGUCAGGCAAAAUGACACCAGGUCAUGCUAGUUUGGGCAAGGCAUGGACGUCCAGCAAGUCAAGGGAGGUAGUUUCUCUGGGUCGAGAGCUAUUGGGCGGCAAUGGAAUUUUGGCUGAUUUUCUAGUAGCGAAGGCGUUCUGCGAUCUGGAGCCGAUUUACUCGUAUGAGGGCACCUAUGACAUCAACAGCCUGGUGACCGGAAGAGAAAUCACCGGGAUCGCGAGCUUCAAACCUGCUGCAGUAGCGAAAUCUCGGCUGUAAUUCUUCUUCUGCCUCCAGCUAUGAUGAACAGCAAAGUAUGACCCCCAUCUUGUAUUCUGGUGGGUACGAGUAAGAUUGAAAUAAGUGCAACCGAAUGAUCAAAUGUAAGGGGGCGCUUGGAAUGGAUGUAAUUCGAUACGGAGCUGUUUCAGUUACACGCGGAUCAUACCGGUCACUGAGCAAUUUACGUCUGAAAAUGAAACGACGGACUGAGACAUGUAUUAUUUACAAGUGUAUUUAAAACGAAAACGGCUAUCCAAACAGGGCCUAAUCUGUAAAGCGGAAGGAUAAGUCGGAGCUGGAUUUGUAUCUAUGUAAUGGUACAGCAUAUGGAGUCACCUCUCA